AUGUCAUAACAAAAGUAGGACCUAACCUAAAAAUUCCUUCACCCAAAUCUCAAUUUAAUUUUAUUUUCAAAUUUGAAUAAAAACAAAACAAAUCAAAAAGCAGCAUGGCCCAGAAGCCGACGCGUGAUAUAUUUGGUAUUAUUUUCAAAAACUUUUGGAAUUCGUUGCGACCGCGCCAAUUCCGCGGCAACUACAUUGGAGAGGAUUAUUUCGGCAACAAAUACUUUGAGAUUCCGGCAAACCCCGCGAUUGGAAAGCGCAAAUCCUCGCGUUGGUUUGAGCCGGCAGACAAGGAUGCGUUCGAUCAAGAAUUAACCGCCGAAUGGGAGGCCUGGUUGCGGGGACGUCGUGAAGAACCCCCGACGCGUGAGGAGCUGGUGAAAAAUCUACAAAUUAUGGACAUGAAAAAGCGAAACGCGGCCGAGCUGGAUGCCACCUAUGCAAAGGCCAAGGAUGAGAAAGCAAUGCCGAAGCAGGUGGAGGGCCAAACCAUUGGCACGUUUCCCAAGUACAAAGACUACGAAUUCAUACCGGGACGGGAUCCACCAGAGAAUAAGUAGCUUAGGGAAGGGAUACAUAUUUUAAAUGAAUUUAAUGUGUAAAUAUAUUAAUUAUGUAGUUUAAUGCUCUACCAAUCAUUCAAA